UAUGGCAAUAGAUUUUUAACAGUAUAAUAUCUUUAUGAUCUGACUGUUGAAGUUUAUCAUGUAUUAUAUCUACUUCCUCUAAGUCAUAGUUUAUGUUUGAUUUAUUUCGUGUUACUGUAAUCUGAAUUUAGUUGAUUAUCAAUUCUCAAAAUUAAAAUAUUAUCUUUGCUUUUGUUUGUGGCAAAUGGGAGCAACAGCAGUGACUCAAAUAAAUUAAUUCUCAACUUGUGGGUUCUUGACUAAGCUACACAGAUCAAAAUAUACCUAACAGAAAGGUCCAAAAAAGCUACAGCCAUUGGAAGACUUAUAAGCUGAAAGUGGCUAACCAAUAAUUAAAGUACUCUCAGCAACCUUUAUGGCUUCAUCAUCUUCGUCAUCAUCUCCUUCUUCCAUGAUUUCUCAAGGCAAAUAUGAUGUUUUCCUUAGUUUUAGAGGAGAGGAUACCCGGGCUAGUUUUACUAGCCAUCUCUAUGCUGCUUUGUGUCAAAAACAAAUUCAAACCUUCAUUGAUGAUGAUGGACUUACGAGAGGAGAUGAAAUAUCGCCUGCCCUUUUGAAAGCAAUUGAAGAAUCAAAGAUUUCAUUAAUUAUUUUCUCUAAAGAUUAUGCUUCCUCUAAAUGGUGCUUAGAUGAACUUGUAAAGAUUCUUGAAUGCAAGAAAAUCAAGGGCCAAAUGGUUAUACCUGUUUUCUACAAUGUAAAUCCAUCGGAUGUACGCAAGCAGACAGGAAGCUUCAAAGAUGCUUUUGUUAAGCAUGAAGAAUAUUUUAAGGGGAAGAUAGAAAAGGUGCAAAGAUUUAGGACUGCUUUGACCGAGGCAUCCAAUCUAUCCGGAUGGGAUUCAUUGGUAACUAGGCCAGACUCCAAACUUGUAGACGAAAUUGUUAAAGAUGUUUUGAAGAAAUUGAAUGAUAUAUCACCCUCAAGUGAUUGCGAAGGUCUAGUUGGUUUAGAAUCACGUGUUGAGCAAGUGAAAUCAUUGUUAUGCUCUGGAUUCUCAGAUUUUCGAGUUGUAGGAAUUUGGGGAAUGGGAGGUAUAGGUAAAACAACCAUUGCUGAAGCUAUUUUCAAGCAAGUUUCUGGACAGUUUGACGGUUGUUGCUUUAUUGAAAAUGUUAGAGAAGAAUCAAAAAAAUGUGGUGGAUUAGCUCGUUUAAGAGAGCAAGUUAUUUCUAGAGUAUUAGAUGAAAGAAAUCUCAGUAUUGGCACUCCCAAUAUGAUACCUCAAUUCAUUAAGCAUAGGCUCCGAUGCAAGAAGGUUUUUAUUAUUCUCGAUGAUGUCAAUGAUUCAGAACAAUUAGAGUUUUUAACAGGAGGGCUUGAUCGAUUUGGUCCAGGAAGUAGAGUUAUUAUAACCACCAGAGAUAAACAGGUUCUUGGUAAUUUUGGAGUGGAUAACGAUAACAUUUAUGAGGUUGAAAGAUUCAAGCAUCAUGAAGCUCUUCAACUCUUUUGUAAUUUUGCCUUUCAACAAAAUCAUCCCCCUAAUGAUUUUUUGGAGCUCUCAAGCAAGGUGGUAGAUUAUGCCAAAGGCAACCCAUUGGCUCUUAAAGUAUUGGCUUCCUCCUUACACAAAAAGAGCAAACGAGACUGGGAAAGUGCAUUGAAUAAAUUAAAGAAGAUUUCUAAUCCUAAAAUUCAUAAUAUUUUGAGGAUCAGUUAUGAUGGACUAGACCGUGAAGAACAAGAUAUAUUUCUUGACAUUGCAUGCUUUUUUGAAGGAGAGGAUAGUAAUCAUGUAACAAGAAUAUUAGAUGGUUGUUACUUCUCUGCCCAUUAUGGACUGAGUGUUCUCAUUGAUAAGUCACUCAUAACAAUUUCAAGUAAAAACAAGCUACAAAUGCAUGAUUUACUCCAAGAGAUGGGUUGGGAAAUUGUUCGCCAAGUAUCCUUCAAAGAGCCUGGCAAGCAUAGCAGAUUGUGGAAUCCUGAAGAUGUCUGUAACGUUUUGAAGAAAAACACUGGAACUGAUGCAAUUGAAGGCUUGUUCCUAGAUAUGUCUAAAAUCAGAGAAAUGCAUUUAAGUUCUGAAGCCUUUACAAAUAUGCGUAAUCUUAGGCUUCUGAAAUUCUAUGUAUCUGAUCAGUUUUCAGGAGGCUUUGUAAAUAACCCUAAAUUGUGUUUUCCCCAAGGAUUAGAAUAUCUGUCUGAUGAGUUAAGAUACCUCUAUUGGGUUGGAUUUCCUUUGAAAACAUUGCCACCCAGAUUUAGUCCAGAGAAGCUUAUUGAACUUAACCUGCCAUACAGUAACAUUGAGCAACUCUGGAUAGGAACUAAGUCUGCCUUCGAGUUAAAAUCAAUUGAUCUUUAUCACUCUCAGCACUUGAUUGAGAUCCCAGAUGUCUCAGAGGCCCCAAAUAUUGAGAUAAUAGAGCUUCAACAUUGCACAAACUUGGUUAAGGUUCCAUCAUCUAUCCAAUAUCUCAAUCACCUUCGUAUCCUGCGACUAAGUGGCUGUAAAAGCCUUAGGAACUUUCCAAGCAACAUUCAUUUCAAAUCGCUUGUAACUCUUAAUCUCUCCUCUUGCAUAUACCUCACAGAAUUUCCACGGAUUUCGGGGAAUAUAAGAGAUAUAAAUCUUAGUGGAACCGCAAUAGAAGAAGUUCCCUCAUCCAUCAUGUGUCUAACUGAGCUUUGUUCAUUAGUUAUGACGAGAUGCUCAAGGCUCAAGAGUAUUUCAACUAGUAUCUGUAAAUUGAAAUCUCUUCAACGUCUUGAACUUGAUUAUUGCUCCAAACUUGAGAGUUUCCCAGAAAUCUUGGAGAAAAUGGAAAGUUUAGAAAGACUUUUGUUGAAUGGAGCAACAGAAAUUAGGGAGCUACCAUCUUCAAUAGAACACCUAAAUGGCCUUCGUCAUUUGAGAUUGAUGGAUUGCAAAAAUCUUGAGACCAUUCCAAGCAGCAUCUGUAAUUUAACAUCUCUGAUCGAAAUGGAUCUUUCUGGCUGCUCAAAACUUGUCAAAUUAUCAGAGAACUCUACCACACAGUGGAAGGGGAAUAUAUAUUCUCAAUGUCCAGGUUUUGUAUUGCCUCCAUUGUCAGCUUUAUGUUCCUUGACAGAAUUAUUUUUAUCUUUCUGCAAUCUAACCGAAAUUCCUGAAGAUCUUUGUUGUAUAUCCUCACUGAAAACAUUAAAUCUGAACGGAAACAAUUUCAAGACCCUACCUUCAAGAAUAAAGCAACUGUCGAAGCUGAAACGCCUUUACUUAAGAGAUUGCAAUAUGCUUCAAUCUUUACCGGAGCUUCCACCAUGUUUAAGAGUACUAAUAGCAAUGAACUGCAAGCGGCUACAAUCAUUACCCAAGCUUCCAUCAAGUCUAGAAGAAUUAGAUGCAUCUGAGUUGGAGGUAGUAUCUGAACGCUAUGUCCCAUUUUCAUGGAUCACAAUGCGCUUUUUAUUCACAAAUUGUCAGAAAUUGAAUCAAAAUGCAUACAACAUCUUGGAACUUUCCCAGCUAAGAAUUUAUCAAAUGGCUGUCACAUCUUUGAGACUUUGUUAUGAAAAGGUACUCAAAGUCACACCUGCAAUCAGCUUUUGUUUACCCGGAACUAUAAUUCCUAACUGGUUCAGCUACCGAAGUUCAGGAUCUUCAAUAACUAUUCAGCUCCCUCAGCAUUGGUGUAAUACAAGGUUCAUCAGGUUCGCUUUAUGUGGAGUUAUUGAAUUUGAGGAGAGCUACUGCGAUAGUGCUUUUUAUGUGACUUGUGAUUAUCAUUUUGAUACCAAUAGUGCUGAUUACUAUAGUUGCCAAAUGCACGUUACAAUGCUUGGCUAUGAUUAUGUGUUAAUUGAUCCUGAUCAUAUCGUUUUAGGGUAUGAUCCCUGUUUAAAUGCUAGGCUACUUGAGGGCGACUACACGACUGCCUCGUUUCACUUUUACCCUGUCGAGUACGGGGGGAAAUAUUGUGAGGUUAAAUGUUGCGGGGUCUGUCCGCUAUAUACACAAUUUGCGGGCACAAGUACUGAGAAGGAAAGUGGAUGUUCUGGGGAGGAAAUUGAACCAAAUCCUAAGAGAGUUUGCAGAGAGUGAAUUAGUUGUUUCUUCCGCUUAAUUGCUGGAGCUAAGGAUUUCUGUGUCAAUUUAAUGGUAAAUAGCUGGAGCUAAGGACCGCCGUCAAUAACGGUUGCAAGCAGUCGUUGCCGAAGGUGCAUCUAGCAACGCUGUCGACAGCAGAAUGAUUGGCACGAAUCAAUCUAUUUGACACUGGUGGAAUCACUGUCAAAUCCUGCAGCAUUUGGCCGUAGGAGGAUGUAUGUCAAGUUCAUGGUAAAUUGAUGUGCAAGGUCUACUAGCAGAGUAAUUGAAUUAUGUGACAUAGUUCAUGUUAAGUAAUUAAGUUUAU